AUGGAUUCCCAGUCAACUGCCUCCCCUGUGAAAACUGUGAAGAUAAGCAAUGUUUCACUCAAUGUUUCUAAGAAAGAUGUCAAAGAGUUCUUUUCUUUUUCGGGUGAUAUUCAAUACGUCGAGAUUCGAAGUGAGACACAAGAAUCUCAGGUUGCAUUUGUUACUUUCAAGGAUCCACAAGGAGCAGAAACCGCAAUGCUCCUAACGGGAGCUGUCAUUGCAGAUCUUCGUGUCAGUAUUACUCCUGCUGUGAACUACAAGCUGCCACCAGAAGCCCUUGUACUUGACUCGGAAAGUUCGUAUAAUGGUUUCACUGUCAAGAAAGCUGAAGAUGUAGUAAACAUCAUGGUGGAAAGGGGUUAUGCUCUUGGAAAAGAUGCGCUGGAGAGUGCCAAAGCAUUUGACGACAGACACAACUUGAUGUCAAACGCUUCAGCAACCAUUGCCUCGCUUGACAAUAAGAUGGGACUGAGCGAGAAGCUAAGCAUAGGAACAACUGUGGUGAACGAGAAGUUGAGAGAGAUGGAUGAGCGAUAUCAGGUCAGGGAGAUAACAAAAUUCGCUUUAGCAGCUGCGGAAGAGAAAGCAAUCAUUGCAGGAACGGCUUUAAUGGCUAACCCGUAUGUAUCAAGCGGAGCUUCGUGGUUUUCAAACGCGUUUGGUGCAGUGACAAAGGCGGUUAAAGAGAAAGUUGAGAAUGGAGAGGGGAGAAAGGAGAUUAUCCAACUUGGUGAUACUUCACCUAAAGCUCCUGCUGUAGUUCCUGUUAGUUCGGUCGACACAGAUUUCACCAAACCAAGCUUCUAA